ACGAAAAUAAAUAUUAAUUUCCACAUUUUACGAAAAUUCGAAAAAUAUGAUGUUUUUAGCGAACAGGGCGCUGCUCUGAGCUUCAUCCUGGAUCAUAUGUUCAUGAAGUUAAUGGAGGAGCUCCAGUGACAGCUGAACACCAAUCAAAGCGCUCUGUGUGCGUGUGUGUGUGUGUGUGUGAUGUAAAGGAGGAUCUCUCUUUAGCUUUUAUCCCGGUUUCAGCUCCAUGUUCAGCUGUUGAACAUGCCGUGCGUAACUCCGCUCCAGCAGCACCACCACCGUCUCCUCCACCUUCGCCACUGCGGAGAAUGCGUCCCGCGAACUGUGCGUCGGACCUAACGCGUGGAUCUGAUCCGGAUCUUGCGACCCAGGCAGAACCCAUGACACCCACGUCUUUAUGUCCUCUCGUGUUCACUCAUUAAUGAUGUCUGUGGGUUUGAUGCCGGACUCUCUGAAUGCGUCAGAUCCGUCCAAAUCCGCCUUUCUGGAGUUCGGGCAUCCGUCCCAUCACCAGCAACAUCAUCAUCAUCAUCAUCGCCACCAGCAGAACCAGAACUCUCCCGGACUCUCUCAUCACAUUUACCCCGUCCAUGGCGUACACACCGCGGCUCCUCCGCAGCACGACACGCCCUUCCCGAGCAGCGCGUCCUACGGCCGUGCGUUGGGUUACACCACCUACCCCGGCUCCGUCAGCUCUCACCCCGCCGCUGCCUACGUGCCUUACCCGCACCACGGCAGUCACAGCAGCGGCACUUUGGGCCCAGGCAGAUUGGAGCAGACAGAUCGAGACAAGUCGACGGUGAUCAAUAACAGGGAGAUUCGACUCAACGGUAAAGGCAAAAAAAUCCGCAAACCCCGGACCAUCUACUCCAGUCUGCAGCUGCAGGCUCUGCACCAGAGGUUCCAGCAGACCCAGUACCUGGCCCUGCCGGAGCGGGCCGACCUGGCGGCCAAACUGGGCCUCACCCAGACUCAGGUGAAGAUAUGGUUCCAGAACAAACGCUCCAAGUACAAGAAGAUCAUCAAGCACGGCAGCAGCUCUGUGGAUGGAGAACAUCUCCACAGCAGCUCCAGCUCCUCCAUCUCCCCCUGCUCCCCAGGACUUCACCCGCAGCUGUGGGAGGUCUCCAAGGGAGCCUCGUUCUCCUCCACCUCCUCCAUCUCCUCCUCCUCCUCCUCCAACAGUUACAUGUUUUGUUUUGGUCACUGGUACCCAAACCACCAUCCCCACCACCAGGACGGGUUGAUGCCGAGACCUCAGAUGAUGUGAGUGGACGGUAAAAACUCCUGCUGCUGCUUUCUGACAGCGCCCCCUUUGUCAGAACAAACACGUGUCAGAACAACUUGAGUUUUGCGGUGAUUUGUUCCAGUUCGGGUGCAUCCUGCCAACACGCAGACCAAAGCGGACCUCCAUGACCCAGAACAGUGGAUUUAGUGUGCGGUUAAGAAACGUUUGCAUUGAUCUUCCUUUGUUUUCUUUUCAUUGCACGCAGCAUGAAUCGGUUCGCGCCUUUGUUUUGUCUUGUUUUUUUUUUUGUUUUGUUUUCAAUAUUGACUUUCAGUUUGGCGCGUUAUGCAAAUAAAAAGCCGUCGGCGUGACGUCCCUAUAUUCAUUGAGAUCUGGUUUGUUUGGACAGCGCCUCCGUGCGUGCAAUGUUUUUAUAGUCAAAUAUUGUAAGAAGGAGCAGGCGGCCAGGCUGGUGUUUACCCCGGUAGACUGUGGAACCGACUGGAUCAACACAGGUUUUUGGAUCAGUGACAACCGGAUGUAACGUGCGCGGGAAAACUGUGGUAAAAUACGGGGGGUUUGAAAGUGAAAAUAAAAACAGGUCUGAGCGGUUUGGACUGACGUUGACAACAACACCUCGGUCUGUGUGAUGGUCUUCUGACUGUACUGUCAGGUACUGACACACCAACACUGGGAUCCACUCGUGGUCUUUAUCCAGGUCGUUGAGUUUAUAGAAUAGGCACCAAAAGAUUCAAAUCAGAUUUUGACAAAAUUAAGGCCGUAUAAUGUUGCAAGUGUCUCGAUUAAAGGAUUUGACGCACGGACCUCGGCUGAGCUAAAACGGUACCCGGUACGCAUUAUUAUUAAUUUAUUUGAACUACUGCAAAAAUGCAGUUUCUGAUUCUCCUCACCCCGUGUUGCUAAAUCGUUUUGAUUUGAUUUGAUUUUAAUUCAUAAACAACAAUAAUACACUUUAUGUAUUCAUUUUAAUUUAACUCUUCUUAUACACGUCACCUCCAUGACUCAUUUUUAAUCAUUUAAAAUAUGUUUUGUGAUUUUAUUGUUAGUUAAAAAAGUUAAAAAAAUGUUAAUAUCAAAUAUCUGUAGUUUUUAAUGAAAAGUCAAGGUAGAGCAAUCGGCCUGCAUAAAUCCGACCAUUUAUCAUUCUGUUUG